GCAGGGACUCAGGAAGGGCCCCGUAGCACGACAAUUACCAGCCUCCCUCCUGAGUCACUGCUUUGAAAGUUCUCCCUUUGUGAGACUCCUGUGAUUACUGGAGAAAGGGAGAUUACCAUUGGCGGAGCCAUUUAGAAGCCGUAGUUUGUGACUUGCAUACUUAACCCAGUUCUCUGGGUUUGAUGUGGAUAGGGCAGCAUUCCUAACGCCUGGGACGGAGCCUCAUAAACAACAGCUGGUUCCUAGGGCCAAUGAUUACUUGGGAAAGGAGAGGGAGAAAGUUUUCAUAAUGCAAGUGGGGAAUGUGAACGUGCCUGUGCGUAUAUAAAGAGAUGGAGAGGAAGGUACAUGAGCACUCUCUGUGGGUUUCUUGCUGAGAGAGCAUCUCCAGAGCAGGCUGUUGGCCUUGCACAGAACAGCCAUGAAAACAACAGGUUACUUUGUGCUACUCGGCCUGUCUCUUUUCUUCUUCUUCUCUGAUGUGGCCAGUGAAGACGGGGACCAGUUUGACUGCAAGGAGUUCAUGGACGACGGCAUGUACUGCACAAGGGAGUCCAACCCGCACUGUGGCUCGAAUGGCAUGACAUACGGCAACAAAUGUGCCUUCUGCAAGGCUGUCAAGAGAAGUCAUGGAAGUAUUCGACUGCAGCAUCUUGGAAAGUGCUGAAUCCUCCUCACUGCUGAGUGCUGAAAGCUUCCCUUUUGCUUUCACGCCAGCCAUGGCAGAUCCCUGCUCACAGCCACGGUCUCCACAUGCCCCCUCCCCAGGAGCUGCUGGUGACGACAGUGUCUCCACUUGGCCUGCCCAAUAAAGUGAACUCAGCAGAA